AUGCGCGUCACCUUUUCUCCGUCCGUCAUUAAAUCACUCCCAAACGAUUUAUUAAUCGAAGUUCUUGCAAAAGUUGCAGCUUCCUCUUACACGGAUUUAGUCCAAGCCAAAUUAGCCACCAAAGAUUUUCUUGAAGUAUCAAACGAGGGAUACAUAUUCCGACACGUGUCGCUCGGAAACUUCAGCAAGCUUCUAUGGAACAACAGUCCCGAAUUCUGGUCGCUGAUAGAAACUUGCAACAACAAUGAAAAUCCAGAGAGUCUAUACCGAAAGGGGAUGUUGGAAUUUUUCACUCAUUGUAGAGAAGCUUCUGGAUUGGGUUACUUAAAACGAUCUGCUGAAAAGGAUUAUAUGGAUGCUUGUUAUGUGUACGGUGUCGUUUUGUACGCAACCAAUUUGAAAGAAGAGGGACUCCAGUUUUUAAGGAAUUGUGAGGCCAAAUUAGGGAACAAAAUGUCUGAAUGUCGUCGGAGAGUUAAGGAAUUUGUUUGGUGUCUUUGGAUUAAGAAUAAGGUUUCUUUGUCGGAAAAAGAGUUCGGUGGUCGGAGAUAUUGUAGUAACGUAAUUAAGAAUAAUUGUUUGAUUAACGAGAAAAGAAAUGGAUGGGAUUGGAAGGAUGAAGAUGAUCAUUAUGGAGAACACACGUGUGAAGAGUGUAAAUGGAAGGGUGAAGUUUCGAGAUUUUGUAAUAUGUUGAGAACAGGAGCUUAUGGCUAA